AUGGGGCCCCCAGACCCGGGGCCCCCCCUGAGUGCCCCCGGGGGCCCCCCGGACUGUGGGGGCGUCCCGCAGGGGCCCCCCUGGGGGCCCCCCUGGGGGCCCCCCGGGGCCCCCGGAGUCGUCCUGGGGCCCCCCGGGGGCCCCCCGGGUCCCCCCGGGGCCCCCGGAGACGCCCCGGGGCCCCCCGGGGCCCCCCGAGCCCCCGGAGGCCCCCCCGGGGGCCCCCCAGGGGCCCCAGGGGCCCCCCAAGACUGGAGCUGGGCCUACGGACUGGUGAAAGGCGUGGGGUGGAGCGAAGAACAGGGAAGAAGGCCCGAAAUGGAAGACGGAAUGGUAAUAGUGAAGGGCUUUGGGGGCCAGCGGGGGGCCUGGCUGCUGGGGGUUUAUGACGGCCACGGGGGCCGCCAGACUGUCGAUUUGCUGCUGCAGCAGCUGCACCGCAGCAUUUGGCGCGAAGUGCUGUGCCGGGCUUACCGGCGGCGAGACGAGCUGCUGCAGCGGGGCUUUGCUGCGCUUCUGGGGGCCCCCGGGGGCCCCGGGGGGCCCCCGGGGGCCCCCGGGGGGGCCCCCGGGGGGGCCCCCAAGGGGGCCCCCGAGGGGCCCCUGCCGGCCCCGCUGGCCCUUUGUACCCAAAGGGACAUUCAGGAGGCCCUCGUUGCUGCCUUCAAAGCCACGGACGAGCAGAUCCUCCGCGCGGGCAUUAAGGAGAGUGGCAGCACGGCUUGCGUCUGUUUGCUGCACCCCCGCCUCGUGCUGCCCUGCAGCAGCAGCAGCAGCAGCAGCAGCAGCAGCAGCAGCAGCAGCGGGUCCGGGGAGGCGAGCAGCGGCGGGAGCUCUCCGUCGACGGCGGCGACUGCGUCGCGGAGCAGCAGCCGCCAAGGCGGCUUGCCGCCGCCGCAGCCGCCCAGCAGCAGCAGCAGCAGCAGCAGCAGCAGCAGCAGCAGCAGCAGCAGCAGCAGCAGCAGCUUGCCGCAGGUGUGCGUGGACGUGCACGCAGCCCACCUGGGAGACUCCCGCGUGCUGCUGGUGUUCAGCGACGGCAGCUGCCUGCGGCUGACUGCAGCAAACGACCACAAGGCCUCAGCAGCAGCAGAAACGCAAAGAGUGGAGCAGCUGGGGGGGUUUGUGAUGGGGGAAAGAGUCAACGGAAUGCUGGCCAUAGGCCGGGCUUUUGGGGACUGGGCCCUCAAGUUGGGCCCGCAGGCCAGUCCGCUGCUGCUGCCUGCUGCUGCUGCUGCUGCGAGGGACUUCGUGGUUUCCAACCGCCCGGACGUCCGCACCGAGACCUUCGUGCUGCUGCAGCAGCAGCAGCAGCAGCAGCAGCAGCAGCAGCAGCGGCAGCGGGGGAGGCGGGGAGACGCGGGAGAGGGAGAGAAGCACCGCGCCGGGACGCACGCAGCACCAGAGGCAAAGGACGCAACGCACUGCAGCAGCAGCAGCAGCAGCAGCAGCAGCAGCAGCAGCAGCGGCAGGGUCGUGGCGGAGCAGCAGCAGCAGCGGGAACCCGCGCUGCUGAUUCUGGGCUGCGACGGACUCUUUGAUGUCAUUGAAGACAAUGCUGCUGCUGCUUUUGCCCUGGGAGUGGUGCGAGCUGUUGCUGCUGCUUGUCCUGCUGCAGCAGCAAGCGAAGCAGCAGAAGCAGCAGCAAGGGCCCUCGUCCACGAGGCCAUUUCCCUCCGAAUGAGCGGAGAUAAUGUCUCCAUCAUCAUUUGCGUCCUGCAGCAACUCCAGGAUCUUGCUGCUGCUGCUGAUGCUGCUGCUGCUGCUGCAGACGCCGCCAGCGGCCGCCUCAGCGCCGCAGACCAGCAGCACAACGGCACCCAGCCAGGGACCUCCCAAGCAGCAGCAGCAGCAGCAGCAGCAGCAGCAGCAGCUGCUGCUGCUGCAGGACACCCAAUGGACGGAGGCCUCUGGCAGCGCGUGGGGCCUGGCGGACUCCGACAGAGCGCGGUGGACGUUCCUCCCGAGUUUGCUGCUGCUGCUGCUGCUGCUGCUGCUGCUGCUGCAGCAGACGAAGAGCAACAGACAGCCGCAUGCCAAGACCUAGCACUGUCCCCCCAUGCCCACGAGGAGGACGCUGCACUUAGCAGCAGCAGCAGCAGCAGCAGCAGCAGCAGCAGCAGCAGCAGCAGCAGCAGCGGCAGGAGCAGCAGCAGCCGGCAAUGCCUGCCGGCAGCCCCUUGUGGGGGCCCUCCGCGGGCGCCGAGGGGCCCGCGGGGGGGCCCCUGGGGGGGCCCCCGGGGGCCCCGCCGCUGGCCUUUGCUUCCCCCAACGCAGCAGCAGCAGCAGCAGCAGCAGCAGCAGGAACAGCGUCCGAAGUGCUGCUGA